AUUUUAAAUUAUUGUUUAACGCUUGAAAAUACUCAAAAAUAUUAUUAGCGUUUAUAUCGUUUGUAAACUUGCGCCAUUUUCUUUGAACGUUACAUGUAUACCGGAGCACAUGCUUGCCUGAGUGAUAGCGUACUUUGUUAAUUUAUAUUCUAGUGUAAUUUGUGACAUAAUUUUACAAUAAAAUGCCAAAGUCAAAAAGAGAUAAAAAAAUAUCUCUCACUAAAACGAGCAAGAAAGGUCUUGUUCUGAAGCAACAAAUUGUAGAAGAUGUUAGAAAUUGUGUUGAAAAAUAUGAUAGCGUAUUUCUUAUAUCCGUACACAAUAUGCGGAAUAAUAAACUUAAAGAUUUACGAGCCGAAUGGAAGGAUAGUCGGUUUUUCUUUGGUAAAAACAAAGUGAUAGCGUUAGCAUUGGGUAAAUCAGCGGAAGAUGAAGUUACGGAGGGUGUACAUAAAUUGUCAGCGGCAUUAAGAGGACAAUGCGGUUUGCUUUUUACCAAUCGAAGUAAAAACGAGGUAUUGGAAUGGAUGGAAGAAUAUGAAGAAGAGGAUUAUGCCAGGUCAGGUUUUGUUACACAAGAGACUAUAACAUUACCUGAAGGACCUAUGGCAGAUUUUCCCCAUAGUAUAGAACCUCAUUUGAGGCAAUUAGGUAUGCCUACAGCUCUGCAGAAAGGUGUGGUAACAUUACUUAAAGAAUACACUGUGUGUAAGAAAGGACAAACAUUAACUCCAGAACAAGCACGAAUUUUGAAAUUGCUUGAUAAACAACUAGCUACAUUUAAAAUGAUACCAUUAGGUGUGUUUUCUAAGAAACAUGGAUAUGAGAAACUUGCAUCUGAAGAUGAUGUUAAAGAAAAUAUAGGGGCACAAAUGGAAGUAGAAGAAGACAAAGAAAUCGAUAAUACAUGAUGCAUGUAUUCUUUUAAGGAAGGAUUUAUGUAUGGAAUCUUGUGUAUAUAAUGUAUCAUAAAGAAAAUUGAAGUUUUCAUUUUA